AUGGAUGAGAACAGUCGAGCUUCAGAGGCUCGUAAGCUGCCGCAGACCGCUGCCAACUUCUUCGUCGGCACCAACUCCAGAGUACCUCGUAUGACACUUGCUCAAUCGUCGCAUAUCAUACCCAUGCCAAUGUCAGCAACCUCAUCGGCCUUCCCAUCGUCCAAAACUGUUCUCAGCAGACUUCGACCAACGCCUUUCCCCAACUCUACAUCGACAGCCAAACCACCAAGCUCACCUCGAUAUCUUGCAAAGCAGGGUGGCAAGGUGGCCAAGGCUGUACAGCACUUUUCAAAGGCAGCAGAGGACGAGGAAGAAGUCGCUUCAAUUGACCCUGUCAUUCCCACAACAGAGUCAGUGAUCCAGCAGACCCGGCAGACCCAGCAGACCCAGCAGACCCAGCAGACCCAGCAGACCCAGCAGACCUCGACCAGCACAAGAGAUGAUAGUGCAUCCAUGACAACGACGAGCGCUGUCGCAGUCGAAAGCAUCCCUCUUGCUUCAUCAAAGUCUCAGGAAGCGCAGCCGUCAGAUCUUGACGUUAUCCUCCAGAACUCGACUACCGCUGGACAAAAUAGUCGUAUGACGACUGAAGCUCAAACUUUGACAGACAAUUCAUCCCCGCAGCAAAGUAUGAAGGAAACACAGAGCCUCACGCCGACCGACAACUCUGUCUUGUUCUCUGCAGGAUCUAGCUUCACCCGCCCGGCUCGCAGCUCUCACUCUCGACCCGCCUCGCAAUGCGAAGCCAUCAACCCUGCCCAUCAGCUGUCGACACAGACAAGCUCUUCUGAAAGCCACGUCAAAGCUCACGACCCAUCACCACAACGUGUCAAUCAUUCUGGCGUGGAAACUUUCCUAGCAUCCUCCGCAGGCCAUGAGACGACCUCGUUGCUGCUCAGCUCGAAAGAGCCGCCAAAUCUUACUUGGCAGACUGACCAGACCAGCAUCACUUCUCAAGCCGCUCACAUUGAGGGCCUCUUUCCCUCAUCAGCACAGGAUGGGGCGGAAAAGAGCAUGCACUUGGCCUCCUCAACUUCCCAAAAACCACUGCCUGCUCAGAGAGAGCUCAUCACAGCAGAUACUACUACCCAAGAGACACAAGAAAGUCUUUCUCGCUCCCAAGUCUCUUUAGCAAGCUUGCCCUCAACCAUCUCAACAACUGCACCCCACCAUCCCUCCUCGACUCUCAAGUCAGCAUUCUCUGACUCAACAGAUCCGACGGCGUCGCCAAACCCCUUCGACAGGCUGCCCUGCAGAGCGGCCACGCGGACGAGCCAGUCGAUGGGCAAGGUUGCAGAAGAUCAUGUCGGCACAGCAGAUCCCUCUCUCGAAAGGUCAGGGCCUUCGCAUCAGAACGGGACGGUCCCUGGCAAGGCCACAGAUCCAAACGCCGUCCGAGAAUCUGGUGGAGCAGAAAUUCCAGAUGCAGCGGAAAUAGUAGAAAGAUUGGACACCGACUCUGAAAGCGAUGCUUCAUGGGAAGACGGUCUCCUUGACCGAGUGUACGCCGAUAGCGAGCAAUCUUUCCCUCAAGAAAUCCUUCAAGCCUCACCAUCCGGACCGACGGGCCCCUCAGAUCAUCUCGUGAUCGGAGAAGUAAUCGAACUGGUCUCAGCGGGCGGCAAAAACGCGCGAGCUUUCUUUCCCACCGACGUGCACCCUGUGCCAGAAGACCAACAAUCGGCUCACGCAGAACAGUCAGUGGCGCCGUUCUACGCCAGCUCGUCGGGUAACGAAGAGAUCUUGGCAGAGCUUAUAGACGAAGUGGAGGAUGCGGAUACGGAGCCCUAUGUCAAGCCUCGAGACUCGCUCAUCGAAAGGACCACUUCUUGGCUCAAGCACACGAUGGUCGAAGCUGUCAACUCUUCGAGCGAUGAUGGCGACGCCGACAUCCAUACAGCAGCAGAUAGCACAUUGCUCGAGUUAGCUGACACAGAACGCCAAGUGGAAGCGAAGCCGCAAUCUACGCACAAUGCUCCUGGCGAGGUUCUCUUGCAACCUUUUUCUGGAGUGUCCGCUCUAGGUGCCUCCGAUUCGGAUGCUGUCGAGAAGGAUGAAGGCAUCCACCGACACGUUAAUAGGUUAGAGCAAGCCUCUCCUCCACAACCACUCAAUGACCGGCCACUCCUGGGUCAAAAGCUGUCUCGGUCCUUUUCUCAACGAAAGAAGCUCGGACAGACGUCAUUCAAGCCCAUCAAGAUUCCCGGUCGACUCAACAUCCCUCAACGUGAGCCAGAUCUGGUUGCCUCAAGACCUCGCCAAGAGAGCUUGCAUCUUUUACCAGCUCUCAACAAGUCCAAAAGACCAGCCCUCGAAGAGCAGCCUCGCCAAAAGGUAGAUGUCACUAAUCAAGGUGACUUGCAGUGCCUUCUCCUCGCACGGUCCCAGCCCGGAGCAAAAGUUGCGGAGCCAGUGACACCGUCGACAAGGCAGCAAGUAGGAAGGAUGGUGAAGGAUUGGGACGAUAGUGAGGAGGAAGAAGCAGAAGUUGCCUCCGUCGGUGUCGCCAGGCGUAUGACACUCAAGCGGAUGUCGGGGUUCACUGUUCAUGGCAGUCCACGGCGUGAACUCAAGAUUUUGCCUGGGAAGCUAAGGCAGAGAGAAGAGGUUGUGGACACCGAAGAUAUUGCCCUUCCAGCGAAACAGACUAAGCGCACGCUGUUGAAGCAGAUGCCUGACCUGAAUGCCCACUCGAAACCGCAGCACAUCCAGAGGAAGUCGCCAGGCAAGCUGACUCGGCGUGCAGUAGAGGUAUCCGGAUCUGAAGAACCACAGACGAAGCGGAUGCUGCUGAAGACCUUGCAUAACAUCGAUUCUCCUGCAGUGUCGCAGCUUCCGCCCGGCAAGCUCGCCCCUCAACCUACAAAGGUUGGAUUUGACACCGAAGAGCAACCUCGACCGAUGCCUGGCAAGCUCCGUCAACCCAAUAUGGAGCCAGCUUCACCUACAAAGCCGACGAGACCUUUGCCAGGCAAGCUUGCACACCAUAAGCAAGAGGAAUCACAGUCAGAUGCAGAGGAUCAGCGGAGGCCGCUUCCGGGUAAGCUCGCUCGAGAUGCGCUGACGACAGAGACGGCUUCCUCUCGAACCUCAAGGCCGAUACCGGGCAAGCUGUCAAUAGCAGCUGUUGAGUCGGAGCCUGGCUUGGUGGAAAAGCAGGGAUCAUCACCUGGUAAGUUGUCGCCUUGGGUUGUAGAAGACGCUACCUCUGCUCGGGUGCCGCAGCCGUCGCCAUGCAAGCUGUCAUCAUGGUUGGCUGAAGAGACUACUGCCGAGAAAGACUGGUCGCCACCGGGCAAGCUGAAAAGACAUCCCGAAGAAGCAGUCUCUCCUAAAGAGCCACGUUCGCUACCAGGAAAGCUGCCUCGAUACGAUGCACAUCCAACUUCAGGCGCUGCUCUUCCGGAGCCAAGAUCAGCACCUGGUAGGCUUGCACGAGAUUCUGUCGAGCAGAAGUCAGGUUCUGCCGGGGAAUCCCGAUCUUUGCCAGGCAAGUUGCAACCGCGUGUCGCCCAAGUCUCCACCCUUGAAAAGCCGCGAUCGAUACCAGGCAAGCUAUCACGACAAGCAUUCAAGCCAGAGCCAGCACAAGCAUCUCGACCGAUUCUAGGCAAACUCCCGACGUACGAACCAGAAAGUCCCCGAUCGAGCGAGGUUCGCUCGUCACAUGACAAGCUUCCCGAUCACAUCUUUGAGCAACCAUCUUCUGUUGAGCGGCGAUCACGACCAUCACCCGGCAAGCUUUCACAACAUCUCUUCGAGCCGGCUCCUACGGUCGAGCUCCAACCAGUGCUUCGACCCCUUCGAAACCUUGUCCACACAUACGAGACGCCGCUUCCACCAGAAAAGACAAAGUCAAUGAUUGUGCGGCGGAAGCGAGCUCCAACGAUGGCUGCUUUCGCAAACGAGCGUCCCUCGCUCCAAUACAGCAGCCUCGCCUCUGCUCAAGAACCACUCCCGGCUUCCGAUCAACAAGUCGAGCCGCAAGAAAUCCUUCAACCACAAGUCGGCGCCGCUAUCUCUGAACACCCAUCAUCGCCUUGCGUACAGCAAGCACCGACCACAACACCAAGAUCAGAUACUAGUCGCUUACUCAAACCUCUCCGCCUCGCGACCUCUUCGUCGACCUUUAGCACGCCUCGAAGGAGACCGGAUGCGAGCGUUACCGACACUUCGCCACGCACGGUGACUUCGGAGCUUUGGACUCCGAACACGAGCAAUCCUGCUCAUUCCGCUGUUACGGAAGAGAGUUGUGUGACGGGGUCGAUGGGUUCUGCGCAGACGAGACAAGCUAACCUGCAAGGUCACAAGGUAGGAGCGCGCGAUCGAAGGGCAGAGGUCUUCGGAACUUUUUACGAGGGUGUUCCGGGUCGCGGACGGAGUCAUACCAUGCAGCGUUCGCCUAAUCGUCCGAAAGGUGGUGUGGUGAAUCGUCCACGGUCGCCUCACGCGCAUCUUGAUAUGCGAAACGACUUCGAGUAUGGCCAUGCUGAAGGUCAAUCUAAUCAGGGCACGCAUUACCGAGGGAACUAUCAUCGUUUAGAGCCAAACCGAUCAAUACCAGCUCAUGCUGCAGAAGCUUAUCCAUCAGCUGCAUCCACCGGAGCUGGAUUCGAUAUAAGUUUCUCCCUUACCCAUCCCAACAUUACUCCCCAUCGCGCUGAUGGCACGUUGCUCGAAUUCGGACUUCGCGUACACAUCCGCCCUACUCUUACCUCUCCCUCAGCAUCGCAGCACUACCGCACUAAAGUUCAGGUGAGUCCAGAGCAAUAUGAAUACUCCAACCUGCCUCAAGAGGAGAUGUCGAGGGUUCAAGAGGAUGCGCAAGAAUACCUCCUCCAUAGGUUUGUUUCUCCUUUGCAUCGGCAGAGAAGUGGUACGAACGAGGCAUACCGCGAUCUGGGUUUAAGCUCUCCUUUCUUAGCUGCUGAUCAUAAAAGGGCUUAUGGAGGUGGUGGGAGCUCGAGAGGGACAAGCGCUACACAUGCCACAAGGAGUGACGGUAACGAGGUUGCGGGAGUCUCACCGAUGUCAAGGAGAGCAAGGCAAACUUCAAGUGCAACUGGUUUGGUUUCGCCUUUGCCUUACAUCAAAAGGGCUUCUGCAAGGAUGGUGAAUAGUUACAAUUCUGCUUCAUUCACAUAUACAUAG